AUGAAUGGAAUGAAGAAAGCGCUAGCUGUCAAUAAGUUAAUAUUUUUCUCAAAAUGUUGGGUAUUAUGGAUGGUAAAAAGAUGUGGAUGCUGA